AUGCCGAGACUGACAGCAGAACAGCGUGAACGAGCCAUCGGUACCAUCCAAAUGGGGGCUUCUCGUGGGCACGUUGCGAGAACCUUCGGUUGCUCUACCACGGCUAUAUCCAACCUCAUCCAGCGGUUCCAACAGACUGGCCAGACGAGGGACCGGCCCAGAUCAGGGAGACCCCGCAUCACAACGGCACAGGAAAACCAAUACAUCCGUAAUCUCCACCUACGUAACCGCUGCCUGGCGGCAACGUCAAAGGCAACAACGGCAUUGGGUCGCCACCUCAGUCGACAUUUAAGGUCACAACAGACGUCUCCGUCCUACGGCAUUAGGAACUACAGACCGUACAGAGGAACUUUCCUGACACUUAGACAUCGCCAGCAGAGAUUACUUUGGGCACGUCAGGAGACGGAGCCUUUCGGUGGAGGGGGUGUAAUGAUCUGGGGAUUAAUUUAUGGAGACUGGACCACUAGAUUUGUUGUGUUUGACGAGACACUGACUGGUCAACGCUACAUCAACUACGUUUUGAGGCCGGUAGUUCUCCCGUUCUCCCCAGCAGCGAGGGACUCUCUUCCAACAUGA